AUGUCAUCGUUAUCUGUUUAUGACGAUUUACGAGUGCAUAGUGAACUGCGUCUUGUCCAAUCUAUUCGACGGAAGCUAAAGAAAGCUAAACUUGUACUUCGUCCAACAGACAAAAGUGGCGUUUUCCAUAUUGGUUCGAUGGACGAUUAUGAACGAAAAGCUGUAGAAUAUCGUGAAAAAACAAAUGCCUAUAUUGAAUUGUCGGAAAAUCCAUUACAAGAUAUUAUAAAUAAAGUUACUCGUUUACUUAAUGAUCUACAGUUAAAAAAACAAAUUUUGGUGAAGAAACAUUACGAUAAAAUGAUGCCAGAUCGACAGAAAGUGGAGUUAUCGCAUAUGUAUUAUGUUCCCAAAGCACACAAAAAGUAUACACCACUUCGUCCAAUCAUAAAUACUAUCAAAGCUCCAACAACAAGUAUCUCGCGGUUUUUAGAUAAAUUGAUUCGACCAUUAUUUGAUAAACAUGCUCGAUCAACCACAAUCGUUGAUGGUACUGACCUUAUCCGGCAACUUCAUCAAUAUGUAGAAAACGAUCGUCUUCAACCAUCGACACUAUUCUGUACAUUUGAUAUCACUGAUCUUUAUACCAUGUUACCACAAGAAGAGUCAUUACAUGUUCUUUGUGAAUUUCUUAUAGAGCAUGGUUAUCGAAAGAUACAAGGUAUUCCGAUAGAUGCCAUACGAAAACUAGCCCGUCUAGUUUUAACUGAAAAUGUUUUUGUUGAUGGCAAGAAAAUCUACAGACAAAUACUUGGCGGAGCUAUGGGUUCACCGUUCACAUUAACAUUAGCCAAUAUAUUCAUGUGGAAGUGGCAAAAAGAAUUUGCUCUUCAACAGCUUAAUGUUAACGAGAUCUAUGGCCGAUAUAUCGAUGAUGUUUUUUUCACGUCAAAUCAGCCAAUAGCAGCAAUAGAAAAGUUAUUAAAGGACGCAGAUAGUUAUCAUCCGAAUAUCAGAUUAACUGCAGUCAUUGGAAAGUCGGUAACAUUCCUCGAUGUUCGUAUUGAAAACAAUAAUGGCAUCUUAUCAACAUCCGUGUAUUACAAAGAAUCGGCUGAGCCUUAUCUUAUUCCUUUUAAAUCGGAUCAUCCUCGUCAUAUAUUUGGAAAUAUUAUUCGAGGGGCUCUUACUCGAGCAGCUAGGUACUCGACUACAUUGAAAGCUUUUGAUGAUGAGCGUCGUAACGUCAAAUUAACCUUAUUGUAUAAUGGGUAUUAA